AUGAGCAUUAAAUUAAAUUCAGGACACGAAAUGCCAAUUGUUGGCUUUGGAUGUUGGAAAGUCACCAACGAGACUGCUGCCGACCAAAUCUACAAUGCAAUUAAAGUUGGCUACAGAUUAUUCGAUGGUGCUCAAGAUUACGGCAAUGAAAAAGAAGUUGGUGAAGGAAUCAAUCGUGCUAUUGAUGAAGGACUUGUUUCACGUGAUGAAUUAUUUGUUGUAUCCAAAUUAUGGAACAACUACCAUGAUCCUAAAAAUGUUGAAACUGCAUUAAACAAGACCUUGUCUGAUUUGAAUUUGGAGUAUCUUGAUUUAUUCUUGAUUCAUUUCCCCAUUGCAUUCAAAUUUGUCCCCAUUGAAGAGAAAUAUCCACCUGGAUUUUACUGUGGUGAUGGUGAUAAAUUUCAUUAUGAAAAUGUUCCUUUGUUGGAUACUUGGAGAGCUUUGGAAUCCUUGGUGCAAAAGGGAAAAAUCAGAUCCAUUGGUAUUUCCAAUUUCAAUGGUGGGUUGAUUUACGAUUUAGUACGCGGUGCCAAGAUUAAACCUGCUGUUUUGCAAAUUGAACACCAUCCAUACUUACAACAACCAAGAUUGAUUGAAUUUGUUCAAUCUCAAGGAAUUGCCAUCACUGGUUAUUCUUCAUUUGGACCUCAAUCAUUUUUGGAAUUGGAAAGUAAAAAGGCAUUGGAUACACCAACUUUGUUUGAUCAUGAAACUAUCAAGUCCAUUGCUUCCAAACAUAAGAAAUCACUGGCUCAAGUGUUGUUAAGAUGGGCUACUCAAAGAGGUAUUGCCGUGAUUCCAAAAUCAAACAAUCCUGAUCGUUUGGCGCAAAACUUGAAUGUUAAUGAUUUCGAGUUGAGUAAAGAGGAUUUGGAGGCAAUCAACAAGUUGGAUAAAGGGUUGAGGUUUAAUGACCCUUGGGAUUGGGAUCACAUUCCAAUCUUUGUCUAG